CUUGAUUCCCGAUUAUUUAAACGGCUCAAGGCAUUGGAUUAUCAUUUGAAUCGAGCUGGAUAAAGAGACAAGAUGCUCAGUGUUUUUGUGUUGUUUCUAGCUGCGUCAGCCGUCCGAGGUGGCCAAGAUUUCUACUGCAAUUUUGAUGACGGCACAACAUGUGGUUUUGUCCAAGACAAAUUUACCGACGAUUUUGACUGGACUUUGAAAACACACGGGACCCCUUCCGUGGAUACUGGACCGACUGGAGAUUGUUCACCGGGAGGCUCGGGGUACUACAUGUACGCCGAAGCAUCCUCUCCACGCAGGGAUAUGGACGUAGCAAGGCUUGAGACAUCCCAGAAAUUCUCAUUCGAUGGCGGCAACAAGUGUUUGAAGUUCAUGUACCACAUGUAUGGUAAAGAUAUGGGUUUCAUGGACGUCUAUGUUGGCAAUGAUUUAGUGUGGUGGAGAGGUGGAGGCAGCAUGGGGAAUACGUGGCACUCGGCUAACAUUCCAGUAUUAAUUUCCUCUGGCUCCUAUAAGAUCGCUUUUGAAGCAUAUAGAGGUUAUGGGUACAGAUCUGACAUUGCUAUUGAUGAAAUCAGUCUUGAAGAUUGUACUACUGCUACUCAAGCACCGACGCCACCACCGCCUACACAGGCACCAACUCCUCCACCUCCGAACACUCCACCACCUCCACCGUCAGGUUCAUGUGGUAUUCGACCCUUGACACGAAUAGUUGGUGGAACGGACGCYAAUCAUGGCGACUGGCCAUGGCAGGCUUUGUUGCGAUACGCUUCUGGCUCACAGUUCUGUGGGGGUGCUUUGGUGGCGCCCCAAUGGGUUGUUAGUGCUUCACACUGUGUGUCUAGUCUGUCUGCAUCUGACAUUCAUAUAAGAAUGGGAGCUCAUAAGAGAACGAGUUCCGUUGGUACAGAGCAGGAUUUUAAAGUCAUCAAGAAAAUCAUGCAUGAAUCAUACCAAAAUCCAAAACAAUACUCAAAUGACAUUGCAUUGCUGAAACUAGAGAAACCCGUAACUCUGGACAAAUACACCAACCUUGUGUGUCUGCCACCAAGAGCUGUUGAUAUAGCUACCGAUAGCAAGUGUUGGAUCACAGGAUGGGGUACACUCAGUUCAGGUGGCUCACAGCCGGAAACUCUUCAACAGGCUGAAGUGCCUAUUGUAAGUCCAGCUACUUGUCAAAACUCUUAUCCCAACAUGAUUGACAAAACUAUGGUAUGUGCUGGCCUAAAGAAGGGAGGAGUCGACGCUUGCCAGGGUGAUUCUGGUGGYCCAAUGGUGUGCGAGUCUAAUGGUGCCUUCUAUCUUCACGGUGCAACGAGCUGGGGAUACGGAUGUGCAGCACCAGAUAAAUAUGGCGUCUAUGCGAGAGUCUCCCAUCUGCGUGAUUGGAUCGAUCAAAAAAUAGCCAGCAAUUAGGCUAACUUAAAAAUAUCUGUAGUAAGAAUGACAAAAUAAACAUAUUAAAAAAAUUCAAAUCAGCUUGUAUUU